CAACUUUUUUUUUGCGACUAAGCCUGCGCGAAAUGUACUUAGCCUAAGCACCAGUCGCGACGCGCAUAGCACUUGCCUGCAACCUUCGAAGAGUCGAUUCACUUUGGAGGUUGCAUUUCCGAAUGCACUUUCCUUAAUAAUUAUUGGAUUUCAUUUAGUACCUUGGUACUUGGGUACUCGUCGACGGCGUCAAUCGGUCUCGCCGAUAAUCCUAAACCUUCACCUUUACCUCUCCAACCACAUCACGGCGAUUAUCAUUUGCAUCAUCAAUUCUCUACCCCUUAUCCUUCAUAUUUCUGUGCGAGCUACGUUCAAGCCAUUGCCACAAUGGCGUCCUCGUCGCGCAAUGGCGAGCAUCGCUCCAUUCAUCAGGAUUUCAUUGCUCGAAUCCGAUUCUCUAACGCGCUACCGCCUCCCCCCUUUCCACCUAAGCUCCUCGACGUUCCGAACACCGGACUUGCUAGCAACCGAUACACGGCUAUAGAGUUUGCAUCGAGGCUGUCUCGAGAACAGCCUCUGAACAUCGAGGCUGAUGCGGAACUGGGAAUGCCGCUAGAUCUGGUGGGAAUGCCGGGCAUUUUUGACGGUGAUGAGAGCUCCAUCCAAGCCCCAGCACAGCAGCCGGCCAUUCAUCCACGCGAUCGCGCCCUACUCAGACCGCCUGGAACCUUGGGUCAACCUAAGAUUCACGAAGCCAAUGUAUCCUUCCUACGCCGAACAGAGUAUAUCUCCUCUGUAUCCACGAAGCGUAGCACCUCGAGCGCUCUCCUCGGUAGCAAGCCGGCCCCCAAGCGACCUCUCAAGCGACCCUCUCCAGACCGGGAUGUCGAUUCGCCUGCCCAGAUAAAGAGGAAGAUAGACCAGGGCUUCGCUGUCGCGGCUGCUAACAUUAAGGAUAAGAGCCGAGUUAAGCACCCGACGAACCGCAACGCCAAGCUCGUCGACACUUUCCCUCUGGUCCCUGAUCUGGACGCCUUCCCAGACUCGGGCGCUUACGUGACAUUCAAGUUCACACACAACCCACUACCGCCGACACGAACGUACGAUCGACGGCUCCUCAACGGUAUCCUUAAGCCUAUUAGUAAAAGCGAGAUCGAUGAGCAAGCCUUCACGUUGGCCAUGCAGGCGCACGAACGGGACCCACAGCGCGUACCGAAGCCGCAGAAUUUGAUGGAUUAUGAUUUUUUCCUCAACGACUCUGUCGACACGACGGAGCGCUUCCGCCAGAAGUUCGACAUUGAAAACCCGGACAACGACGACGACAAUCUGUACACACACAAGUGCAGCGGCAAGCCGGCCUUCAUUUUCCCUCGGGUCCGCACGUACGAGACGAGCCAGGAGCUCGAAUUGAACAACCAGACCAAGUAUGACGAGGAGGUCGUGCUAGCGUUUAACGAUGACGAGACGACGGACCAGAAGGCCGCGUUCUACUACCCCGUCAUGCAACGCAGCGUUAUCAAACCCCAGCGUGCCAAGAAGAUCGCUCGUACCAUAGGAAUGGUGCCGGCGGGCGUGGACCUGGAUGAACGAAACGUGGAUCAGCUGGACAUCGUCAUCGAAGACCCGAGCGACGAUAUAAGAACCUGGAUGAACCUUUACCGCGACCAUCCCUAUGGUAAGGACGAGGAUGAGGGUGAGCAGGGAACGGAUGCUGGUCGAAGGGGAUCGGUUGGUGGUGCGAGUCAGCCGCAUGAGAUUGAGGAUGAAGAUGAGGAGCAGGAUGCUGAGGGCGAUGAGGAAGACUGAUUGAUUAAUUGCUUGCUUGCAUACAUGACUCCCGAGCAUCGGUAGAUGCGGUCGUAGGUGGUAUUAGGAAUAUCAGAACCUCGAUUUGACUUGACUAUUUGAGAGGUGGGCUGAAGUUGCUUGGAGAUGGGUUGAGUUGCACCUGCUUCGUAUGAAUGGGAACAUUAAGUUCUUGCCUUGCUGGGUUUCGGAGUUGCGAUGAGUUAGGAAUCAAUGAAAAUCACCAAAAUUCAGUUGAGUUGAGUUUGAUACUGGGCGUGUUUAGGCUUGGAGGCUUGGUUAUACUAUUCGGGCCUAGGUGUUUACCCUUUGUAGGGGUGCUUUCACCUUGUUUUGAUCUACGGGACAGAGAUUCUUGCUGUCGCGUACUACUUCGAUAUCUAAACAAAUACUAAGGCGUCUUUAAGGGGUUGAAUUCACAACAUCGUACCAAACACAGUUCUUCAUGAAUUCUCAGCUGAAUUCGGUUUCUCUCCUACACACUGAUUAGAAGAAUCCGAUGCCUAUUCCUGGAAAAAGGCUUGAUUCAUGUGGAUACGUUAAACAUACCUGGAUCCGUACCUAUGAUAUAAAUUACGCCUUAUUGUCAGCAAAUCUCUUAUUACCUAGUUAUUCACUGAUAAGAAAGCUGAUUCAUCAACGCAAGAUCGUCUCUGGGGUGUUUUCCGG